CGCUAGUUGCAUCAGCAUUGACUACGCUGUUGUAUGCCGGUACGGGUGAAGAGGUGGCUAAGACUGCACAAAAUUGCUGUUUGUAGGGUCUUCUUGUAUUAUUCGUUUAUUUCUGUCUUCCCACGAUGGCGGACGAGGCUGUUACUGAACAAAUAAAAGGGCUGCAAGUCGGCGAAGGCAAGCAGGGUGGAACACCAGACAAGGCUGGCAAAGAUGGAGCAAAAAAGAAGAACAAAGGAGCUGGAGGAGACACGAGCGGCAGAACUGAGCUCAGUCCCCCACCUCAAUAUAUAGAUGAUCGUCUGGUCCUGUACAACAAGCUGAAAGCUGAGCAUGAUGCUUUGAUGGCUGAGAGGGCAGAGAAGGGCAGCAAGCCCAUAAAGAUCACCCUUCCUGAUGGAAAAGUAGUGGAUGGAGAGUCCUGGAAGACCACACCAUACCAGGUCGCCUGUGGCAUCAGCCAAGGCCUCGCUGAUAACACUGUGAUUGCCAAAGUGAACAAUGCUGUGUGGGACCUGGACAGACCAUUGGAGGGAGACUGUAGUCUGCAGCUGCUGAAGUUUGAUGAUGAGGAGGCACAAGCAGUCUACUGGCACUCAAGUGCCCACAUUAUGGGGGAGGCCAUGGAGAGAAUCUUUGGAGGCUGCCUGUGUUACGGACCCCCCAUCGAGAAUGGCUUCUACUAUGACAUGUAUCUUGAAAAUGAAGGUGUAUCGAGUAAUGACUUCCCCUGUCUGGAGAACCUGUGUAAGAAGAUCAUCAAGGAGAAGCAGCCCUUUGAGAGGCUGGAGAUAAAGAAGGAGACUCUGCUGGAAAUGUUCAAGUACAACAAGUUUAAGUGCAGGAUCCUGAAUGAGAAAGUUACCACCCCAACAACUACCGUUUACAGGUGUGGCCCCUUGAUUGACCUGUGCAGAGGGCCCCAUGUAAGACAUACCGGAAAGAUCAAGGCUUUGAAGAUCCAUAAGAACUCCUCCACAUACUGGGAAGGUAAGGCGGACAUGGAGAGCCUACAGCGAGUCUACGGUAUCUCGUUCCCUGACCCCAAGAUGCUGAAGGAAUGGGAGAAAUUCCAAGAGGAGGCCAGGAACAGGGACCACCGCAAACUGGGACGGGAACAGGACUUGUUUUUCUUCCAUGACCUCAGCCCUGGUAGCUGUUUCUUCCUCCCAAAGGGAGCGUACAUCUACAACACACUGGUGGAGUUUAUAAGGAGUGAGUACAGGAAGAGGGGGUUUCAGGAAGUGGUCACUCCAAACAUGUACAACAGCAAGCUUUGGCAGACCUCCGGCCACUGGCAGCACUACAGCGAGAACAUGUUUUCCUUUGAGGUGGAGAAGGAGAUCUUUGCCCUCAAACCCAUGAACUGCCCUGGACACUGUCUGAUGUUUGACCAUCGGCCACGCUCUUGGAGAGAGCUGCCUUUGCGGCUGGCUGAUUUCGGGGUCCUGCACCGUAACGAGCUCUCCGGAGCCCUAACCGGUCUGACCCGCGUCCGCCGCUUCCAGCAGGACGACGCCCACAUCUUCUGCUCCAUGGACCAGAUUGAGUCAGAGAUUAAGGGCUGUCUGGACUUCUUACGUGCUGUGUACAACGUGUUCGGCUUCACCUUUAAACUGAACCUCUCCACCAGACCAGAGAAGUUCCUUGGGGAACCAGAAGUGUGGGAGCAAGCUGAGAAGCAACUCGAAAACAGCCUGAAUGAGUUUGGUGAGAAGUGGGUGUUGAACCCAGGAGAUGGUGCUUUCUACGGACCCAAGAUUGACAUUCAAAUUAAGGAUGCUAUUGGCAGAUACCACCAGUGUGCCACUAUUCAGCUGGACUUUCAGCUACCCAUCCGUUUCAAUCUAACCUUUGUCAGUCCUGAUGGAGAUGAUAAGAAGAGGCCAGUGAUCAUUCACAGAGCCAUUCUGGGUUCUGUGGAGAGGAUGAUUGCCAUCCUGACAGAAAACUACGGUGGGAAGUGGCCUUUAUGGCUUUCUCCACGUCAGGUUAUGGUUGUGCCUGUUGGACCCACUUGUGAAGAGUACGCCCAAAGGGUUCGUGAGGAGUUCCACAGUGCUGGCUUGAUGACAGAUGUAGACUUGGACCCAGGCUGCACUCUAAAUAAGAAGAUCAGAAAUGCGCAGUUGGCUCAGUACAACUUUAUCUUGGUGGUGGGCGAGAAGGAGAAAAUAAGCGAUACGGUGAACGUCCGCACUCGGGACAACAAGGUCCACGGGGAGAGGAGCCUGACAGAAUGCAUGGAACGCCUGAAACAACUGAAGGCAUCGAGAGCCCGCAAUGCUGAAGAGGAAUUCUGAGCCUAUCGGCUGUCUGACAUGGAGAAGUUCAGGAUCUCAGGGAUGGGACAUUACAUGCUGAGGCUGUGGGCAAAACUGUCAUUGCAGAAAGUAAAUAAUGUUGCUUUACUGCUACUGGAUCCAUCAUGCUCUGAUGAUGCCUCUGCUCACAGACUGCAGCUAACAGCAGCUGUGGUAGUUGGCAGCUCUCAAGCACUUAAUAGUACUUAUAGAUUUAGUUGUUCAACAGUAAUGAAGAAAUUGCCUCUAUGUCUGUAGAAAGUGAUUUAAAUUGUGUCCUGCAGGCCCAGCUGGUAAUCCAUCCCUGAGAAAACCAUAGUUAAAUCACAACUAUUACACAUUUUGCAUCAAAAAGUUGUUUUCUUCUAUGGAACCAAAUGGUAGUCUCAGAAUCUGUCAUGUAAAAUCCUUCAAAUGAAAUGUUUUUGGACGGGAUGCUCUGGGAAAUGUUCUUUUUUUGUCAAAUUGCUGUAGUCAUGCUGUAGUUAUUUGGAAAGGGACUUUCUCCUCUUGUCUCUUUUUGUACACCUGAUUAUGAUACUGUAAAUUAGCAGUCUUAAAGGUCUUAUGCAAAUGAAAUAAAUCUUAUUCUUCCAAUGUU